GUGUGAGAGUUAACUAACACAACCGAACAAAAACAAAAACUGUGUUUGCCACUCUAAUGCUCCAAUCUGAAGAGAGAGAAAAAGCAGUGAAAAGAGACAAGAGCCGUUACUCUCUUUCUGAGCUUUAUUAAAACAUUAGGUAAAACCUUUGCACACUUGUGAACAAUAACAACAACCUUAACAAACAACUUCUCAACUUCGUCUUCAUUUUCUCUUCAUUCUUUUUUCUAAUAUUUACUACUGUUGAGAACACAACAUAACACAACAAUGGCUACUGGGUUCAGCUUCAUCUUUGCAUCAUCAUUUUUCUUCCUUCUUCUAGAUUGUUGUUCUGGGAGUUUCAUUGGGAUAUGCUACGGGCGAAGUGCCGAUGACCUCCCUACACCCGACAAGGUGGCACAGUUAGUUCAGCUUCAUAAAAUCAAAUAUGUUCGGAUUUAUGAUUCUAAUAUACAGGUCCUAAGGGCCUUUGCCAACACUGGAGUUGAACUUAUGAUUGGUGUUCCGAAUUCAGAUUUGCUCUCGUUCUCUCAAUUCCAAUCUAACGCAGACGCUUGGUUGAAAAACAGCGUCCUUCCUUAUUAUCCGGCCACGAAAAUCACGUACAUAACUGUUGGUGCUGAAAUCACAGAAAGUAGCUAUAAUACAUCUUCACUGGUAGUACCUGCGAUGAACAAUGUACUUACAGCACUCAAGAAACUUGGGCUGCACAAAAAGAUAAAAGUUUCUAGUACUCAUUCUCUUGGUGUUCUGUCGCGAUCGUUCCCUCCUUCAGCCGGGGCUUUCAAUAGUAGCCAUGCUCAUUUCCUGAAACCGAUGCUAGAAUUUCUUGCGGAAAAUCAAUCGCCUUUUAUGAUUGAUAUAUAUCCUUAUUAUGCUUACCGUGACUCCCCGAAUAAAGUGCCUUUAGAUUAUGCUCUUUUUCAGGCAUCCUCUGAAGUUAUUGAUCCAAACACUGGUUUGCUUUACACAAACAUGUUUGACGCGCAGAUUGAUGCUAUUUACUAUGCACUCAUGGCCCUAAAUUUCCGAACAAUUAAUGUAAUGGUCACCGAAACAGGCUGGCCUUCAAAAGGUUCGCCUAAGGAGAAGGCCGCAACUCCAGAUAAUGCACAAACAUAUAACACUAAUCUCAUAAGGCAUGUUAUAAAUAAUACCGGUACUCCAGCGAAGCCUGGGAAGGAGCUAGAUAUUUAUAUUUUCUCAUUGUUUAACGAAAAUAGAAAGCCCGGUUUAGAAUCUGAGAGGAACUGGGGAUUGUUUUAUCCGGAUCAGACAAGUGUGUAUAAUCUAGACUUCACCGGACGAGGCGCGAUUGACAUGACUACGGCUGCAAAUGUAACACGAUCAAAUCGAACGUCAUGGUGCAUUGCUUCAAGCAAAGCCUCCGAAAUCGAUUUGCAGAAUGCUUUGGAUUGGGCAUGUGGUCCUGGCGAUGUGGACUGUACUGCGGUCCAGCCUAGCCAGCCUUGUUUCGAGCCGGAUAAUUUAGUCUCACAUGCAUCUUUUGUUUUUAAUAGCUAUUACCAGCAAAAUGGAGCCUCUGAUGUUGCUUGUAGUUUUGGUGGUACAGGUGUAAAAGUUGACAAGGAUCCAAGUUAUGAUAACUGCAUCUACAUGAGAGAUGGAAAUAAUAAAACAUCGGGAAGUAAUGCAAGGGCGAUGUCGUCAACUUCAUCCUCCCAACAGAAAGGAAGAUAUUCUUCAAUUUCUAUGUAUCUUCUUGUAAUUUGUCUCUUCGUUCUAUUGAAUAUCGAACAAUCCUGAGAAGGCAAGCUUGAUUGUAGAAAAUGCAGCAUGAUUUUGCUAUGUUUAGACGAAUGCUGCGUUUUCGCAUGCAAGGGGGAGGUAAUGGUUUUGUUGUAAGCUUUUCAUACAAUGGCAUGCAUCAGAUACGUGUAAAAAUCAUUUGUUGUAAAAUCUUUAAUCUGUGAUUCAUUUCAUUGUUAUGAAAUUGCACAAAGAGCUUCUGCA